AUGGAAGUCGCCCAGAAGCGACUCGCGCUCCUACUGGCCCAGGGCUCGCCAGCGCAAACCGCGCCUGAACGCACCGGCAUGCCGCCGAAUGGUGAUGUCGGGGUUGAACUCGGGAACGCCGAGCACAACGCGCAAGGAGGCGAGUCCGGCGAAGCUACGUCGCGCGACGGCGCGGAUCCGGCAGCCACGGAACUUUCGCCAAAUACGCCUGGCCCCGCCGUAGCUGAGGAGGACGCGAACGUUCUGCCGCACGCGGUGACCGUCGACGACGAACCGACGCAGGCGCCCGGCGACACUCUAGAUGGUGCGGAUGCGGACGAAAACGACGAGGAUGCGCACAGCGCUGCGGCGCCUGAUGAUAACGACGAGGUGGAAGGUCUGGUGCGGGACGACGGUGAAGACGCCGAGACGAGCCCGGUUACCGUGAGAACCGAGACCGACGAAGCGAAGACGAGCGCGGCGCCGACGGACGGGGACGACGAAGAUAUUACGCUCAUCGGACCGUACAUCGACCGCGUACUGCGUUGGGCUGGUGCCGUCUGGUCCGACGCCGAGGUCAGGCCGGGUGUGGACUUCGGUGCGGCGGCAGACCUUGCGACGGAGAUGCUUAAUUUUGAGAUUGUUAGUUGCGCGAAUCAGGCGUCGCGCCGCGCUCCUCUCAACAUCAAGUCGGCGAAGCAAUGGGCUUCGAAGCAGAGGAUGGCGUCGAAGGUAUAUGCGACGGUGCCAGAGCCAAACUACGUGCAGCUCGUCGUGGAGACCUGGCACCACAUCCGCGAGCAGCCCUACAAGGACGUCAUGAAGAUGCACGGCAAGUACGGGCUGAUUGGUGUCGUACGCGCAGUCUACCAGGCCAACGCCGUCUACCCGGAGAAGAGUAAGGACUUCAGCAUCCUCAUGCUCGAAGCAGCGGAUGCGUUGAGGGCCAUGCGCGCGAUCAUCGGGGCUGCGCGUGACGCUCAGCCGGGGCAGGCGACAGCGCCGCCCAUAGCAGCAUCGACUUCGCUCCUCGACGUGCUAACGCUGCGCAACUCGGAGCGGACGGCGCAGGCUACGCAGGUCAUCAAGCGCUUGAGCAACGCGGACGUGAUCGAGAUUGAGAGUGAGGACGAAGAGCCGGCGCGAGGUUCCAAGGGCGGCAGCGGCGUCGGCAAGUCGAGGAAGGCCGCUGCGAAGCGCAAGUCGACGAGCACGCCGGGAGCUUCGCCAAAGCCGAAGAGGCAGAGGGUGUAA